AUGAGCUCUUUAUUCUUGGUAGAUCUAUUCGACACCAGAGAGCUUACGAAGUCAAUAGAUGAAUCACCAUUAAGGGACCUCCGAAACGUUACACCUGAUCAACGAUCUCGGAAUGACCGAUCUGAUUCGCGUGAAAAUUUGGAUCGAUCCACUGUGCUAGAAUACGACACGCAGCAUGAUGUCUCGCCAUCCCUAUCUGACUAUGGUAGCUUCAGGACUCCAGAGACAAGUGUCAAUUAUGUUAAUAGCUCGCAUUGGGCUGCCAUUCUAGAUAGUAUUACCGAUCUACGAAACCACAUCACACGGGAUGAGGAGGCUUAUCCCAUGGUUUUGGGUACUGUCCGGCCACCGGCAAGCUUCCCUAAACCCAAAUUGCUCUACAGUUGUGGAAUGUAUGAAUCCUCUGCCUCGAUUCUGAAGUCUCUGCCACCUCGCCCUACUGUGGACAGAUUAAUUUCUCGUUACUUUAACAUUAUUGAUAUAGCUCCUGGUAUUGUGCACAGUGGCAAAUUCCUCCGCGAGUAUGAGAGAUUUUGGAAGGCACCACAUGACGCCCCAAUCUUGUGGAUUGGUAUUCUGUUUAGUAUUAUGUGCCUGUCGACCCAGUUCCAGCAGGCCUUUCCCAGUACCACCGGGUGCUCUCCUACACUCGGACACUCAAGAAAGACAUCACAGGUCGAAGAGAAUCAAGCAUUGGUAGAGACGUACAAAGAGAAGGUGAUCCAGUGUCUCCUGCUUGGUCAUUACACAAAGGGUGGGCCGUGCGUUUUGGAGACACUGAUUCUCUAUUUCCUGAUUGAGAAUUUCCACCUCAAAGAUAUGGAGAUUGGUAUUUGGGUCCUAGUUGGAAACAUAGUACAGAUUGCCAUACAUAUGGGCUAUCACCGCGAUGCGAAACAUUUCCCAUCUAUAUCCCCCUUCGCUGGUGAAAUGCGGAGGCGUGUGUGGGCGAUGAUCGUCCAGUUAGACUUUAGCGUCUCUACGCAAUUGGGGCUUCCUAGGCUGGUCAAAGAAAGUGACACCGAUACUGCCGAGCCACGGAACCUGAACGAUUCAGACUUCGAUGAGGAUACUCCUACAUUGCCCGCUUCAAAGCCCGAGACUGAGGUGACACCUACUCUUUAUGUCCUAGCCAAGCUCCGACUGCUCUCAGUAGGAGCCAAGGUCGCCGAUGUGGCCACGGAACCCCAACCACAUACAUAUGCCCAGAUCCUGAAGCUUGAUCAACAGAUUGACGAAGCUGCGAACACGAUCCCAUCCAGUUUGAAGUGGACUGGCCUCGCAUCGUCCCUCAAUAUCCCAUCUCAAAUAAUGGUUCAAAGGAUAUGGCUGGAGGUGAUCAUCUACCAACUGAAGAUUGUCUUGCACAGGAAGUUUCUUGAGCCCUCUCGCCUUCACCGGCAGUAUGAUCGCUCGCGGUCAGCAUGCUUGGAUUCUGCGAUAAAGAUUUUAGAAUUUCAGCGUCUCGUUGACGAAGAGACUCAGGUAGAUGGUCUGUUGUACCAGAGCCGCUGGAGAGUUUCUUCUGCUUUCAUAAACGACUUCCUUCUAGCCACAAGUGUGCUUUGCUUCUAUGUUCAAGCUCAUAAUAAUAAAAGGGACACAGCCCCUAACAAUUCCAGAGACUCUGAAGUUAAGCUGGUGGACAUAGACCGGAUCGGAGAUCUCCUAAGAACAUCUCAGGCCAUCUGGAGUCGGCAAUCUGCCAACUCGAGAGAGGCUCGAAAAGCCGUCGUGGCCAUUAGUUAUGUUCUAGAUGGCUCUCGUGCAAGCACUGAGCCCUACACAUCCGAGGUCGCAUUGCCCUCUGCUAUUCCAGCAACAGCUAUCUCUUACUUUCCAGGCUACUCAGACUUCACAUCGAACUAUGACAUACCCAAUAUGGACCUGGGAUCUACAUCUACAAUGGAAGGAAUGACAUGGCCCAUAUUCACAGCAAGCCUGAAUGAUGAUGUCGAGCAGUGGAUUGGAGGGCAUGGUUCCCAACAGAUGGAUAUGACAUUGUGA